CUGUAAUACUCUUGAAAGAUCGUUUGCUUUGACGAGGGAUUCGAGCAAGUUGGCAACCAUGCUAAGCAGAGUGGAGACUGGAAACUCUGCGACGUUCAUGCUAACAUGGGUUCGAAAGGAUAGAAGAGUGAGAUAAAGAUAUGUGAAAUGGAAAAGGCGAAAAAUAGAAGAAAAGUAAAAGAGGAGAGAACAGGGGCGGAUGGGUGGAUUGGUUGGUUGGUGGGGGGAUGUGGUUUGAGAAGGUGUGUAUGGCUUUGUGUGUGUAUGUGCUGUUUAGUGCGUGUGUGUCCUUGCCGCACGAGUGGUUUUCGAAAAAUCGGUUUCGGACCGACCAACCAUCAAGGAGAAUGUCGACGUCUGCUCGAAGCAAGGCCAAUCAGCCCGCGUGCGUGCCUUCAGCUAUUUGGUUGGCUGCUUCCAAACACAGCUAAUGUCAUGAACCUUCGAAAAUGGGAAAUCCUCAUUUUAUUCCAGCGUUUGAAACAGGACCCUGCCUAUUGCUACAAGACAAACGUUGUAUCGAAUGCCGCUGGCUGCUGGGCACCACGUGCGCUGCCUCUGCCUUCCAUUACGCCAUCACACAUCAAAAGAGAGGACGUUGUGAGUCCCAUGUGGACGAUACCACCCAUCCACCCACUAUGAUAGCUCAUCAGCAGCCAUCGUCUUCAAACUAACCCAAUCCUCUUCUCUCUUUUUCAAACGAGUUCUUCCGUUUCAUUUCUCCUUUGUGCAAUGUGUCUGAUGGGUAAUAAAUAUGCUAUGUCUGCCUGUGCGGCCGCUCAAAUCAAGGGCGCAA